GCGAAUGCACCUACGUGGUUUCCAGGCUGCUGCCGCUACUCUGCUGUGUCUGCUCUGCGGCGCUCGGUGUCCCAAACGGAGUAUACCAGAAAAUAACCUGAAUUAAGGUUCUCCGACAUUUGCCCGCAAUGGCCGACAAGGAAGGUAAAGCGACGACUUGAACUUAUUUCAGGAUCCAAACAGCGCUGUUUUCUGACGGCUUUUAGAUUAGCUCGCACAAUGGCUAGUUUGAUGUAGCUGCUAGCAGUCGUAGCUUCAGAGUAGGCCUUCAGCAGUUAUAACAAUAGCUGGGUACCUGUGUUUUGGUCUAAACUGUUAAAAAUUCAGUUUUACGUUGCAGUUGUUGUUUCCGCUUUGUUUGACCCCACUUUACGUUGUCUGAUAUCAAGUGUGUGCGAGCUAGCUGUGUGAGGAGCACGCUGACAUUAGCAGGACCAUUGUGAUAGCAUCACAGUGAUAAUAGUAACCAGGUAAUGUCAAGCUAACGGGUAGAUAAACCAGGGAAGAUGCUAACUUACUGCUACAUACCAAACACAAUCUAGGCUGUGGUCAAUCAAGAUGACUUUUGUCCAUAAGGACUGUUUAAAAACAGUUGGUUGUUCAACGUCUGUCAGUAAUCCUCCGUUCAUAUUGGUACACUGCAUUCUCCUUAAUGUUUAGCUGACACCUGUUGGCAAGAAAACUGACUUUGUUAUGUUCACCUUUCCUGUUAUUACUCCCUGUCUCCUUUCAGCAGGCGCAUUUGAUGAUGCAGUUGAGGAGAGAGUUAUAAAUGAGGAAUACAAGAUCUGGAAGAAAAACACUCCUUUCCUGUAUGACCUGGUUAUGACCCACGCUUUGGAGUGGCCCAGCCUCACUGCCCAGUGGCUGCCUGACGUCUCCAGGUACAUCUAUAUGCAUCAACCGGCUUAAAGGGAUAGUCCUUCUUAAAAUUAAUUUAUGGUCAAACACCGCAACACCAAGUUAGACACCCCCUUCAGAGAUGAAUGUUGCCGACCGCUUGCUUCUCUAGUUAUACCAACUUUAGUCAUGACCGCAGGAUAGCAAUACACAGCGGUCUGAGGAGCCAUAAACAAACCUCAACAAAAACGCCAGAACAGCACCUAACUUAAUCAACAGUACAAAUAGGGUCCCAGCCAUAGCACAAACCACCGAACAUCUUUUUAACUUUGCCUAAUUUUUUUAGCAAAGAGACUAAACACAACUCACCUCCUCUCUUCCAGCAGCCGCUUGUUUGUAGCAAGACCUCAGGCCAGUCCAUUAGGGACUGCUGUGGGGUGACGCAGCUCAAGGAAGAACAUUUAUGAUCAUUUUGAGACGCUAAGUUGAUUCAACUUGAUUUUAUGUCGGCAUAUCCCUUUAAAAAUAUCAGUGGAGCAAAAUAUCAGACACACUGCACAAUGUAAUGCACUCAGAUUCUACACCCACGACAACCUCCAAAAUUCUUUCCAAGAAUAGCUAUUACCUUCUGACCAUAUUGACAAAAGAUUAAAGAUAGACAUUUUGUGUGAGAAGAAUUUCCAAUAGAGCUGUUCUAACCGGUUGCAUUAGAUUGCACAGAGGUUUAUAAUGUCCCCUCUGGCUGAUGUACUUUUGCCAAGUCAUUGCUGAAAUCAGCUUUCACCUUGUCGACAAUUGUAAAUAGCAUUAAUGAUUAUAAUCAACCUUUUUUUUUCUCCUUGUACCAGGCCUGAGGGGAAGGAUUACAGCGUUCACCGGCUUGUGUUGGGCACACAUACAUCUGAUGAACAGAAUCACCUGGUCAUCGCCAGCGUCCAGCUGCCGAAUGAUGACGCCCAGUUUGAUGCCUCACAUUAUGACAGUGAAAAAGGAGGUUAGAGCUCUUUGUAGUUAACACUCCCAGUGAGAAUGACUGUUUGGUUGAUUCAAAGGUGUAAGAUGAAAUAUUUUAACACUUAAGUUUUGUAGAACUGUCAAUAUAACAAACAAAUCAGUAGCAUUUAGAUUCAUUUGUUCUAGAUUGCUGUUGUAAGCUCAAAGAAGACCUUAACCAGCCACACUCUUGUACUACUUUUUACAAAUCAGGGCUGCUGUUUCCCAGUUAAUUGCCUAAUGCUGAAAAAUAUGCUGUGUUCAUGUUUUGCUCAAUACUGUAACAACUAUUUUGUAUUUUUCAGCAGAGUUUGGAGGCUUUGGAUCUGUGAGCGGCAAAAUUGAGAUAGAAAUCAAGAUCAGCCAUGAAGGAGAAGUUAAUCGAGCCCGCUACAUGCCUCAAAACCCCUGCAUCAUUGCCACCAAAACCCCCACUUCAGAUGUGCUGGUCUUUGACUACACCAAGCACCCCUCUAAGCCAGGUAAAAGAUCUCAUGUAGACAAAGACACUUCUCAAGGUUGCAUGUUUCGAUCAGCAUGUUUCGACAGUCAAGAGUUAAGUAGAACCCUUUGACAAAGUUUCUGUACCUUCUGUUAUUGAAGUGAGAGACACAGACUACAUAACUUUUGUUGUCGAUAGAUCCUUCUGGAGAGUGUCGCCCGGAUCUGCGUCUCAGAGGCCACCAGAAAGAAGGUUACGGUCUGUCCUGGAACCCAAAUCUUUCUGGUUCUCUGCUUAGUGCUUCAGAUGACCAUGUAAGAGGAAAACCGAGUUGAAGUUUUACUCAAAUUACCAAAUAUGACUUCAAUUAAGUGGCAUGCACGUUCCUAUCCAUGAGAUGUAUUCUCAGUUUUACGACGUUGAGUUGUGGUUAAUCGUGUUUGUUUUAUCUCCUCUAUUCUGCUCUGUAGACAGUCUGUCUGUGGGACAUCAGCGCUGUGCCAAAAGAGGGGAAGGUGGUGGAUGCAAAGACCAUCUUCACUGGUCACACUGCUGUAGUAGAGGAUGUGUCCUGGCACUUGCUUCACGAGUCACUCUUUGGAUCUGUUGCAGAUGACCAAAAGCUCAUGAUGUAAGACACUUGAUAAUGAGUCAAACCUCACAGGAAAAUAGAUAUGGACAUUUGAAAAGGUGUAAGUCUGCACAGAUCUAAUUAUUCUGCCUGACAUUUUCAUUCCUAGCUGGGACACUCGCUCAAACAACACCUCCAAACCCAGCCAUGCAGUCGAUGCUCACACUGCAGAGGUCAACUGUUUGUCAUUUAAUCCCUACAGUGAGUUCAUUCUUGCCUCUGGCUCAGCAGACAAGGUAUGUAACUCACCACAAUAUCAUUAACAUCAGUUAUAUAACUUUAAAGCAUGAAGUAUAUAUGUGAUAUGUAGGGGAUAAUGCAUGGUGAACAGGUAGUUAUGCAAAUUAUAAUCCCUAAAGUAUAGGCUCACAGUAUAGAUCAUAUUGCACUGUAUAUAUAGAUAACAUCGCAGUUAUGUGAGUGCAAUUAUUAAAAAGAUGCAGAUAUAUUUGAUAGUUUUCUCGUGGUUGCAGACUGUGGCUCUUUGGGACUUGAGAAACUUGAAACUGAAGCUGCACUCCUUUGAGUCACACAAGGAUGAGAUCUUCCAGGUAAGAUUCUUAUCUCUAAAGAUCUGUAUCUUUUAUUUAAAACUGUAAAGUAUAAACAAUUAAAGUAAAUAGGUCACAGCGAUGUAAAUGUAUUAUUUUUAGGUGAAGUGUUUUCACUAUGCUCUUGCCCAGACCUGUGUAAAUGUCUAAAAACAAAAGCACAUACUGUACAUUCACUUGUAAACUUUUAGAUCACAGGUUAGUCAUCAGUGUAACCUAUUUUGAGCCCUAUGAUUUGUUGUGACAGGUUCAGUGGUCACCCCAUAAUGAGACCAUCCUGGCAUCCAGCGGAACAGACCGCCGCCUCAACGUCUGGGACCUCAGGUACAAUCUUGACUCCUUGGUUCCUUUGUCUACUGAAAGGAGCUGUCUCAUUCAGCUAAAAUUGCAGCAGCCUACUUCCUUUAAUCAUAAUUAGGACAAGCAAGUCUUCAGCUCAAGCAAACCACAACACUAAUUUUUGAUGGCAAACCCACUGACUUAUAAAAACCUGUGUGCAAGAGAUGCUCCAAAAUGGUGCCAUAAGAGGGAAGAAACUUUUAAAAACCUUGCCAGGCACCUCAGUGACAAACACCCGGAGCUCUCCAAGGAGAGCAAAACAGGGUUCCUACGAAAAGUAUGGAAAUAAAUGUGAUCAAUUUCCAGGUCUGAAAAAUAAAGUAUGGAAAAAUAUCUGCUUCCAGACUGUUACCACAGCUAAAAUAGAAAAGUAGGUAUCUCCAAAAAUAAGUCUAAAUAGUAGGGUAUGGAAAAGUAUAGAAAUUCCAACUGUGUAGAAAUCCUGGCAAAAGCCAACAUCUUAGCACAACCUAUUGGGCCACCCUGCUGGGAGCAUGUUUAUGAGCAGUUUAUUUGUAUUGUACAUGAUUGAUAAUGUCAGUAUAUCAGCAGCAUGAUCUGCCCUGCAUCUUAAAAUAACCUAUUUACACAGCAAAAUUGGAGAGGAGCAGUCACCAGAAGAUGCAGAAGAUGGCCCACCUGAGCUGCUGGUGAGUCCUCAAAGCCAGCUGAAUCUCUAGAGUUUUGUACUCAUAAACCUUGCAUCAGAAAGAAAGUCAAACUGUUCCUCUUUACUGCUUAUUAGUUCAUCCAUGGAGGCCAUACAGCCAAGAUCUCAGACUUUUCUUGGAACCCCAACGAGCCCUGGGUCAUCUGCUCCGUGUCAGAGGACAACAUCAUGCAAGUCUGGCAAAUGGUAAGACAUAAAAGCACAUUUGACUUCAACCCUGUAUUUGUUGUGUUGUCUGAUAUCUCCAUGUAUUAUUUCCCUUAAAGUUAACAGACUUAAAGUUGAACAUUGAACAGUGAAAUAAGUAGUUUCCUCUUGGGAAGAUCCAGCUCUUGGAAAUUCUGCCAGUUUGUAUUUUUAUAGUUUAUCUAAAAAAUAUUCCUUCAACUUGUGAAUGUGAACACCCUCCGACAGUAUGCGGCUGAAAGGCUAACUGCCGUUCUGUUUUUCAGGCGGAGAACAUCUACAAUGAUGAAGAUCCAGAGGGUACGACAGACCCUGAAGCCACCGCAUAACAAGUCUGUCGACCGUGUAACUUAACCACAACCUCAUCAUGAACUGCCAAACUGCCACCUCAGUAGUUCCGUGCAGCUAUUUACUUCUUCUUCCCAUCUUUCUUUCUUUUACUGGUGGGACACUUUGUCGUAAAUCACUGUAAAUACAAGACAGAUAAUAAUCACAAAGCCCUGUUCCCCUUUGGGACAGUCGAUAUGAAAAACUCUUAACAGCAAUUUAAUGCCUGAUGAAGCUCAAGUCUUUCACAGUGCAUUAAAAAAUUGUAUUCACAGAUUUGAUCUUUUACACUGAAAUGUUCAAGAGGCUUUUUCAGUGACAAAUAAAACUUAUUUAUAAAACCUAGGGUUUUGAUCACACAACAGUAGGUUUUUUCUAAUUACCCUGUCAGUAAAGAGUUUGUCAUGUUCCCUCUGGGCAUGUCAGAAAUGUAGCAGAAAAACUAAAGUGAAGUGAAGCUACAAUAGGAAACUGUCAUUGACUAGUUCAGUAACAGCUUUUGUAGCAACGAUAAAGGUCGAACACAGGCAAGCUCACCGUCAGACAAGUGUCUCAUGUUUCCCUCGCGGCAGUGUGGUCAUUACCUAAAUUUUUCAACAAGUGAUUUUCCUCACCAUCUGUUUGUAGACAGUUCCAAUUUUGGAAUAACUCUCUGUAUGAAAUGUCCAUCAAUGGUCCCACCUCCCCGCUCCUAGUUCUUAAUCAUUUAUCUGUUUUUGUGAUAUAGAUUAGUGGUUGAACUUUUUAUAUGUUCAAUAUUUGUACAGUGAGUGCAUUCUUAAUAAAAAUGUUUCAUUAGUCCAUUGGUCCACUUGAUGUACUGUUGUUGACAUUUCUCGGUUUGAAUACCCUACUUAAAUAUUUGAAGAACAGUAUCAGAGUCUUGCUCAGCCUGGAAAUAUUUUUUAACAACACAAAGUAAUCUUUAUAAGUGAAGGAGUUGGUAAUGCUGAAGGCACUUUGCUAAGAGCUUUGUGUAUCUGGCAUGACGUCCUGGUGCUUUCCUAUCCUCAGAACUUGUUCUCAAUUUAUAACUCUUCCCCCAUUGUUUAGUUCUUCAGCCAUGUUGCCCUUAUAAGUACAGAACCCUCUUCGCACUUCAUGCAGGGACAUUAACUCAUCAGUUGCACUCGGAUUACAGCAAACAAAAGUCUUUAUUCAUGACAAAAACCGUACAGGCAACAAUAUUCUUAAUCUCGUGGCUAAAAAAAACAUCUACAUUUUUUCAACUGCAUGUCUCGUUAUAUAUGUAAAGUGCAUAAAUGGAACCUAGGAGUUCACAAUGUUGUGUUAAAAUAACAUGAUUGUCUCAGAAAUCUUUAAAUAAAACAUUCAAUCACUGUU